AUGUCCAUGUUGAUAAAACUAGACCGCACACACCACAGCUCACUUGACGCCGCAUCUAUAAGAACUGGACCCCAAAUGCCAUGCAAGACAACACUCUCAUUUGGCAUUGCAUACUGGGAAAAGGAGAAUCUCAGUCACACCAAGUGCCUCCAGAGUUGCAAUAACGAGAAAGGCGCGUACAGGCACCAAGCAUGCCACGCUCGUUGCAACCUUCUUAACGAGGAAAAAGAACAUGAAGAAUAUCAACAACCACCACACCAUGAGGAGGGACACCAACACGGUGAGGGCGAGGAAGGAGAUGAAAGCAAACAACCACAUCCAUUCCCUUUCCCAUACCAACCUCAUCAACAUGAAGAUGAGCCUGCGCACGAACGGCAUCACAAGAAAGAAGGAGAGGAGGAAGAGAAGGAGCAGCACCAUGAGAGCGAAGGGAGUGAAGGUUCGGAAUCACAAAAGAAACAAAAGAACCCUUUUCACUUCAGCUCUAACAGGUUCCACACUUUGUUCAAUAAUCAAAAUGGUCACAUUCGCCUCCUCCAGAGGUUCGACCAACAAUCCAAACAACUUCAGAAUCUGGAAGACUUCCGUCUUUUGGAGUUCCAGUCCAAACCCAACACCCUCCUUCUCCCCCACCAUGCCGACGCUGAUUACAUCAUCAUUAUCCUCAGCGGGAGAGCCAUACUUACCCUCGUAAAGCCCGACGACAGAGACUCUUACAACCUUCACUGUGGUGAUGUCCAGAAAAUCCCUGCAGGAACCACUUUUUAUUUGGUUAAUCCUGACAACAAGGAAACUCUCAAAGUAAUCGCACUCGCCAGACCCGUUAACAACCCUGGCAAACUUGAGACUUUUUUCCUAUCUAGCACCGAAGCCCAACAAUCCUACUUGCAAGGGUUUAGCAAGAACACUCUCGAAGCCUCCUUCGAUUCCCAAUUCAAAGAGAUAAAGAAGGUUCUGUUUGGAGAGGAGGGACAUCAGCAGUAUGGCCAGGAGAGUCAACAAGAGGGAGUGAUUGUGGAACUGUCAAAGGAACACAUUCAGGAACUCAGCAGACAUGCCAAAUCUAGUUCAAGGAAAACCAUUUCAUCCGAAGACGAACCAUUCAACUUGAAAAGCCGCAAACCCAUCUAUUCCAACAAGUUUGGCAAGUUUUAUGAGAUCACCCCAGAGAAAAACCCCCAGCUUCGGGACUUGGAUGUCUCCGUCGGUUAUGUGGAUAUGAACGAGGUCAGUGCAAAGAAAACAUCACCCGGAGGUCUUCUUCUGCCACACUACAAUUCAAAGGCCAUAAUGAUACUAGGGGUUAAUAAAGGAGAAGCUAAGGUUGAACUUGUUGGCCUGAGAAAACAACAACAACAGUAUCAUCAAGAAGAAAGUAUGGAAGUGCAGAGGUAUGGAGCUGAAUUGUCUGAAGACGAUAUAUUCGUAAUCCCAGCAGAUUAUCCAGUUGCCAUCAACGCCAUUUCCAAUCUGAAGUUAUUUGCUUUCGGUAUCAAUGCUGAGAACAACCAGAGGAACUUCCUUGCAGGUGAGAAAGAGAAUGUGUUAAGCGAGAUACCUAAACAAGUGUUGGAGGUAGCGUUCCCUGGGUCUGGCAAGGAGGUUGAGAAGCUAAUAGAGAAGCAAAAGGAAUCCUACUUUGUGGAUGCUGAGCCUCAGGAAAAGGAGGAGGGGCAUGCUAUUGGAAUGUAUGAAUGUGAGAUUCAGUGGUACUGUACUAUGUUGAGAGCAAGGGUUCCACUGCUGCUGCUGCUGCUGGGAAUUCUUUUCCUGGCAUCAGUUUCUGUCUCAUUUGCCAAUGUGCACCGGCAGAAGGAAUACGGCAAAGAAGGCUCAUAUUCAGGAGGACAAAACAACCCCUUCUUCUUCAGCUCUGACAGGUCGUUCCUCACUCUAUACAAAAAUGAAUAUGGUCACAUUCGUGUCCUCCAGAGGUUCGACCAACGCUCCAAACAACUUCAGAAUCUUGAAGACUACCGUCUGGUGGAGUUCAAGUCCAAACCCAACACCCUCCUUCUUCCUCACCAUGCUGAUGCUGAAUUCCUCCUAGUUGUCCUUAGUGGGAAAGCCAUACUCACCGUAGUGAACCCUGAUGGCAGAGACUCCUACAUUCUUGAGUCUGGGCAUAUCCAGAAAAUCCCUGCAGGAACCGUUUUCUAUUUGAUUAACCCUGAUGACAACGAGAAUCUAAGACUUAUCAAACUCGCCGUGCCCGUCAACAACCCUCACAAAUUUCAGAAUUUAUUCCUGUCAAGCACAAAAGCCCAACAGUCGUACUUGCAAGGGUUCAGCAAGAACAUUCUGGAGGCCUCCUUCGAUAGCGAAUUCGAGGAGAUAAACAGAGUUCUGUUUGGAGAGGAGGGAUAUCAGCAUUAUGGCGAGGAGAGUCAAUCAGAGGGAGUGAUUGUGAAACUUUCAAACGAACAGAUUCGUGAACUGUGCAAACAUGCCAAAUCUGGUUCAAGAAAAGCCCUUUCCUCCCAAGAUGAACCAUUCAACUUGAGAAACCACAAACCCAUCUAUUCUAACAAAUUUGGAAAGUUUUAUGAGAUCACCCCAGAGAAAAACCCCCAGCUUCGGGACUUGGAUGUCUCCGUCAGUUAUGUGGAUAUGAACGAGGGAGGUCUUCUUCUGCCACACUACAAUUCAAAGGCCAUAAUGAUACUAGGGGUUAAUAAAGGAGAAGCCAAGGUUGAACUAGUUGGUCUGAGAAAACAACAACAACAGGAUCAUCAAGAAGAAAGUAUGGAAGUGCAGAGGUAUGGAGCUGAAUUGUCUGAAGACGAUAUAUUUGUAAUCCCAGCAGAUUAUCCAGUUGCCAUCAACGCCAUUUCCAAUCUGAAGUUAUUUGCUUUCGGUAUCAAUGCUGAGAACAACCAGAGGAACUUCCUUGCAGGUGAGAAAGAGAAUGUGUUAAGCGAGAUACCUAAACAAGUGUUGGAGGUAGCGUUCCCUGGGUCUGGCAAGGAGGUUGAGAAGCUAAUAGAGAAGCAAAAGGAAUCCUACUUUGUGGAUGCUGAGCCUCAGGAAAAGGAGGAGGGGCAUGGUAAGGGAAGAAAGGGUCCAUUUGUAAGGCAUCCGAAUUUGCUUCAAUUAUUUGGAACACGUGUAGAACAAGAAAGGAAGAUAGAUACACCUGUUCAAGUUCACCGAAUCCAUGUAUAUCCAAAAGAACUGCACCCAAAUGCCAUGCACAACAACACGUACUCACCAAGUCAUGCAAACAACCCCAAGAGCAUUAUUUUCCUCUGCCGCCUCAAUUUUGUUCGAUUGGACGACACACGUCAACCUGCGAUCGAUCCCGUGGCAAAAUCGGAGAACCCGAAUGGGCGCAAGUGUGUGGAGAUAUGCGAGAGCGAGAAAGAUCCGUCCAGGGUUCAAACAUGCAAGCUUCGUUGCAAGCACGUUCCUGAGCGUGGGGAGAAAGAAGAAGAAAGAGAGAUUUCAGAGCAACAUCCAUCUCACGAGGAGAGGGGAGAUCGAGAGAGAGGAUACCAGGAGGGUGAGAAGAAGGAAGAGGGAAGAGAAGGGCGUGAACAACCUCGUCCAUAUCCACCUCCACACUCAAGAGAGUAUGAGCGUGAAAAAGAACAGUGGAAAGGAUGGCAUCGUCGUGAAGAUCCCGAAGAGAGGGCGAGGGUGAGGCAGAGGGAAGAAGAAAUAAGGGAGAGGAAGAGGGAAGAGGAGAUAAAAGAGAGGGAGAGGCAGAGGGAAGGGAAACCCUGGCGACGUGAGAAGAAGGAGAAAUGGGAAGAAAUAGAAGAAGUUGAAGGUUUCCCAGAAUCAGAUUCACUAACACAGAUCAACCCUUUUCACUUCAGCUCUAAUAGAUUCCGCACCCUCUUCAAGAACCAACUCGGUCACAUCCGUGUCCUUCAGAUGUUUGACCAAUGGAGCUCCAAGGAACUUCAAAGCCUUCAAGACUACCGCGUCGUGGAGUUCAACUCCAAACCCAACACCCUCCUUCUCCCUCACCAUGCUGAUGCCGAUUUCCUCCUCGUUGUCCUUAGCGGGAGAGCCUUAAUUAACUUCGUGAAACCCGACGACAGAGACACCUACUACCUUGACCCUGGUUAUGCCCAAAUAAUUCCUGCAGGAACCACUUUCUAUUUGGUUAACCCAGACAGAAAGAAAAAUCUCAGAGUAAUUAAACUCGCCAUACCCGUUAACAAACCUCGCAAAUUUGAGAAUUUCUUCCUAUCUAGCACCCAAGACCAACAGUCCUACUUGCAAGGGUUCGGCGAGGAUAUUUUAGAGGCCUCCUUCGAUAGCACAUUCGAGGAGAUAAACAAGGUUCUGUUUGGAGAGGAGAGGCCGCAGCAAGACCCGCAUAGGAGACAGCAAGAGGGAGUGAUUGUCGAACUGUCAAAUGAAAAGAUUCGGGAACUGAGUAAAAGUGCAAAAUCUAGUUCAAGGAAAACCCAUUCCUUCGAAUAUGAACCAUUCGACUUGAGAAGCUCCAACCCAAUCUAUUCCAACAAGUUUGGCGCGUUCUAUGAGAUCACCCCGGAGGAAAAUACCCAUCUUCGGGAGUUAAAUAUCCUCCUCAAUUCUGUCGAUAUCAACAAGGGAGGUCUUCUUCUACCGCACUACAAUUCAAAGGCGCCACUGAUACUAGUGGUUAAUAAAGGAGAAGCAACCGUUGAACUUGUUGGCCUCAGAGAACAACAAAAGAAGCAGCAAGAGGAAGAAGAGGAAAGUAGGGAAGUGAAGAGGUAUAGAGCUAAAUUGUCUGAAGACGAUAUAUUUGUAAUCCCAGCAGCUUAUCCAGUUUCCAUAAACGCUACCACCAAUCUGAAUUUCCUUGCUUUAGGAAUCAAUGCUAAGAACAACCAGAGGAACUUCCUUGCAGGUGAGAAAGACAACGUGAUAAGCGAGAUAGGUAGACAAGUGUUGGAGGUUGCGUUCCCUGGGUCAGGUGAGGAUGUUGAGAAGCUAAUAAAGAAGCAGAGAGAAUCAUACUUUGUUGAUGCUCGGCCUGAAACUGGGAAAAAAGGAAGAAAGGAUCCUUUGUCUUCAAUUUUGGGCGCUCUCUACUGA